CGCGAAUCCCAGUUACUGUCGUCAGUUGAGGAUGGUGAAAACGCCAUAAUUCGAAACUCCCUGCUCCUGAAAUUGGUGAAUCAGCAAGUGUGAAGCCAGUAAUGACCACAACCAACAAAUCCUCAGUUCUUAAAGAUGUUGUUGCCUUUGUUGACGUGUGGUCAUCAGAAAAGACGGCAAACUAUUCCAAACCAUUCAUUCAGCAGCUGCAAGAGAUGGGAGCCCAGGUAUCAAAAACAUUCAAUAAGCAAGUCACGCAUGUUGUUUUCAACAAUGGACAUUCAUCUACAUGGAGGAAAGCCAAGAAAAGCAAUGUGCAUCUCGUCUCUCUUCUGUGGAUUGGCAGGUGUUAUGAGAAUGAUGUGCAUGCGGAUGAGGAGUUGUAUCCAGCCUUGAAUGACGAAAGCAACCCUGUCCUAAAGAACAAGCGGCAUCGUUGUAUGCGGCCCAAAGAUUCUCCAGAGAGGAGACCUGAAAAUGACUGGCGCAUGAGAAAGAAAUUAGACAAGAUGAUGAAGGACUUGCCUCCGAAACAACCUGUGGCUACAGAUGUGUCAUCCAUCUUUAUUGACGAAGAAAAUGGGAUAGUGUACAGCCCCGCUUUGAAAAGGUCAGAUUAUAUGGCACGGCGUUUGAAAGACAUGAAAGACAAAAGGGAAAAUCUCUCUCCCACAGCUUCACAAAUGACUGAAUCCUGCUCGCCCACAGGACUGAAGCCUUUCCUUGGAAGUACACCAACUCUCCCUAAAUUUCUGUUUAACGAAUCAGACGACGAAUCCAGUGCCUCUGUUGCUGAACUUGAUCGCUCACCGGAUAAGGAAGAGGGGAGAACAGCCCUCCAUGUUACAGACCCUGAACACAGUGAACAGCAGUCACGCUUGACAGACUCGGUGAAGCCGUGGCUCUCCCCACUUCGUAAUGACCCAAAACGGACUUCAAGUCCAGAGAGGCAAGACGAUGAAGACAGACAUAAAAGAAAGUCAAGAAGAGCUUCGGUCAAAUCGAUGAAAAAAUACGGUUCAGUAGGUUUUUUGGAAAACCCUUCCCCGGGAAGGAGAUCAAAUAACGUUAGAAAUGUGCAGAAACAACAGAGUCUCUCAGCUGUUGAAUGUGAAAGUUCAAAAUGUGCAAUUGCUAAACCGUUUACAGAAAAUCUUCAUCUUGACACUGUGAAAUCUCCUCGGUGCUCGUCAUCAUCAGCUGUGAUAGAUAAUGCUGCUGCUGAAACAUCCAAAGAGACUCCAGCGACUUUACAGAAAACUGAACUGAAAACCCCCAGGCAAGCCAAAUCAUCGCUUUCUGCUUUAGUAAAGUCUUUGGCUGUCUCCAGUGAGCCCAAAGGUGUUGGUGCCGCUUUUGCUGACGAAGAUGAAGUGUUUGACGACUUUUUCUCACCUGCUAACAAUCCUCAGAGAUCAAAAGGACAUCUUUUGCCGAAUCUACCAGGAGAAGGAAGCAUUCACAUCCCCUUUGAGUUGGAACCUGUUUUAAAGAAGAGAAAGCAAAGAACAAGUGAGAGCUGGGGAUCUGAAGGCCAUGAUAAGAAGAAGAAGAAGAAGACCUUGGAGAAAAGUCAGAAAGACAAAACUAUCAGUGAGACAUUUGAUGCAAGCAGUGAAAAUCAUCACCAACAUCAAGAUUCCCUCCCUGUGCUGGAUAGCUCAAGAGCUGACGCGACACCGAUUACUGAAAGCAAAAGACAGCGCUCGUUGGUGUCUGCAGAGACUGGCGAAACAUCUUCAUCAGCUCAGUCAGUGGAUAACCCAGUGUCGAACUUGCAGAAAAACUCUGAGAUGAAUAUUAUGUUUGAUGCCUUGCAAAGUAGAGGAAAUGAAUGUACCGUCGCAGCUGGUUUCACUGAGAGCUCCACUCAUGCUGGGGAAAAUGACAAUAGGCAAAUUGGCUUGAUUCCUGAGAAAAUGGUUCAGACGACAAAGGCGAUGAGAACUCUGGUCAUGACGAGCAUGCCCACUGAGAAGCAGCACUUGGUGGUUCAGGUGGUCAAGUCACUGGGCGGCUUUUCAAUCGCCGACCGAGUUUCCGAGAGCACAACUCAUUUGGUGUCUGGAGGAGACAAGCGGACUCUCAAUAUUCUGCUGGGAAUUGCCCGUGGCUGCUGGAUCCUCUCUUUUGAAUGGAUACUCUGGUGUCUGGAACAAAGACAGUGGAUUCCUGAGGAGCCGUAUGAACUAUCAGACAAGUUUCCUGCAGCACAGAUCUGCCGUCUCCAAAGGCACCUGUCAGCCGGUGAGCACCAACAGGACCUGUUCCAAGGCCAACCAGCCAUGUUUGUAUCUCAGCAUUCCCAGCCACCCACCCAGAGUCUGGUGGAGCUGAUUGAGCUUUGUGGAGGAACAGUCUGCAAAACUGUGCGACAGGCGGGUAUUUGCAUAGGAAAGUACAGUGGCAGGAGACCAGCGGGAAGCAGGAUUCUGUCUGAGCAGUGGGUGCUCGAUAGCAUCACACAUCUGAAGCUGCUGUCAUAUGACAACUAUGACUUGGAGUGAUGACUUUUGAAAUUUUUUCUGAACUGUGAAGUUUAGUUUUAUCUUUUUCUUCUUUAUUUAAUUUUUUUUUAGCUAUUCAGUGUCUGAUCAUACCUUUUUGCCACAUAGUGUUCCAUUUAUACUUGUGUUUUUGCCUCAAUUUGCAAAAUGUGUGCAGACUCUUUGCACAAAUCCUGUCAUGUAUUC